AAAGCGUUGGUAGAAGAAGCGUUUGUCAUCUGUGCUUCUUUCUUCCAGUGAAAAAGUAGUUUUCAAAGUCACAUGAUUGAAGCUGGACUUGUAAACGGAGAGUUGUGAACGCAGAGAUGCACACGUAGCGUAGCUCAAAACCKGUUGCUAAACACACACGACCGAAGCUAUUCUUCUCCCGAAAGAUGUGACUUUUCUCAUUUUUUGGGGGGGGAGGGCGGAUUUUAUGAAGAAAAACGUUUAUUGAGAAUUUUGGUUUGCAAUGCCAUUGAAGUACAAGUCAGGGCCCCAAUCCGGGACCGGUCUGGACUACCCACAUGGGGUGUAACACAGCCUAGUGGCCUGUAACAUAUUCUAGGUAGUUUCAUCGUGCUAUAGAACCAGUGGCAGUGACCCGUUGGGAUGUUACGGAAGAGCAGUGACACUGGAGGAGGAGGAGAGAAUAAUACUAAACAGAACAAACAGCAUCGCUCCAGCUCUACCCAGGGCCUGUCUCGCCUCUCCAACCCCCACACAGGGUCACCYUCGGCUGGGUCAACAAAGACCUGGGACAUGGGCCGGAGCGCCAGGACUACUAACCCCCAGGGGAGUAUGGGGCUGGGGUUCACCGUGGUAGGAGCGCCUGGGGUGGAUCCGGACUACGUCAUGCAGCUGUUGAACGACGUGCGGAGGUUCGCAGACGUACUGCUCAGCCUUAAAGAAACCUGCCACUCUAAAGAGUCCCGUGAUGCUCUCCCUCAGCYGCUACAGGAGAGGCUGGCAGAGCUGCUGCGUGUACUCAAGUCUGUCAUCGGCAAACACCAGACCCUCAACUCUGUAGACAUCCUCAGGGCCGCUGGCACCGUCAUCGCUAAGGUCAAAGGCAUUAACUUCAAGGAGGUAAACCAAGAAAACAAAACCGCUAUAUUUGGCGAGAUACACGCGUCCAUUGACACUUUGGCAUUCACAUUUGGCAAUGUAGUGUCUGACUUUCUUAUGGGAGAUGUGGACAGCCAAUCAGGGUGGGGGAUCCCACCGACCAGGAGAAGCAGGUCUUCUGAAAAUCUCUCUGUGGAUUCUGGGGGAUGUGUUCCAGAGAAGGAUUCUGGGUGGAAGAAUGACCUAGUGGGCCCAGAGGUGGCGCUGUCUGAGGAGGAGGAUGUUGACCAGACGCUGCAGAAGAACGACAGCGGGGUGGAGUCAGCUCUGCUCUAUGCCAAGGCCUGGUCUAAGUACACCAAGGAUCUGCUGGCCUGGGUCGACAAGCGCCUGGGACUGGGUUAG